AUGAGCACUUCCUGCGAGACAUUUGCCUCCUGGGCAACACACAUUACUAGGUGUUCCAAUCCCACUUUCAAUAGCGUUGUUGAUCGCUUAUGGUCGAAUCCAUCCCUCCAAAAGGACGUUCUUGCCGUCUUAUCUGGUAUCACCAAAACAAUUCAAGAUCGCAAUGGCAAAGAAUCAGGUCCAGAAUAUUUUGCUAUUUUGCUAAGUCUAUUGAAUACGGAAUCAAAUACGAAGACAGCAGAAGCUUACCUCUUACAACUGGUUGUUUCCAAAGCUGUACCUGCGUCACUCUUGAGAAGCAAAUGUGCCGAAGCAACAAAAACAAUCACAAAUGUACUAUCAGCAGCCCUUAAGGAGGAUACAAUUGACACUGUUUUAUGUAAAUCUCACUUAAAAAAGCUUCUUGUUUCCCUUGGUCGAAUUCUUGCGGCACAACCCACUGAUGAUUGGGCUUCAGAAUCUCUUCGACACACCUAUCGAAUUUUUCUCCAAUUUAUCGAAAGUGAAAAUGCCACUCUUCGAAGAACAUCCCAUAAGAUGAUAACCCAGCUCUUGACUUUCAGUUUUGGCACAGAAGUUGAUUUUCAUCCAGUAUGCCAUCGAACCGUUCUUCAUGUUUGCAAAAAUAUUAGACAACAAUACGAGGAAUUGACUGGACUUAUUCGUAUUACUGAUAGUGGAUGUAGCCGCCUUCUUUACAAUUUAAGUCUCCUUAGGUCGAUUAUUGGCCUCGUUUCUGAGAAGGAUGUUAAGAUGACUUGUGAACAUAUUCUGGAAUUGACCAGACUUAACAAUUCACUGGUUGUGAGGUCGACAUUUGGCUGCAUUCAAAUGCUCUUUCAAGGAAGAUAUGGAGUUUCUCGGCUAUCUCUCGAAAUUGCUGGAAAGUUGAUGACGGUUCUUCUCUCCUGCAAACCUCGGGAUUCGGUUGCUGUCGAUGCAGAGGCGCAGGAAAGAGACUCAGAAACACUGAUUGCUUGGUUGGAAUGUAUGAGUGCUGGUGUGGGUUAUCUAACAAAUCUCGCGGCCGAAAAUCAACAGAUCGAUUCAACUGAAUCGCCACCGUACGUCGCUGUAGAACAUUUGGGGCAUCUUAUCACUGCUGCGCUGAAUAUUGUCGUCUCUAGCCAUCUUCCUAGCCUCAGAAACUCUGUGAAACGGAUUAUGGUUACCAGUAUUUUUGUUCAUUUGAACGAACAAAUUCGUGUCUGUGACCUUCUUACUAGACGUCCACGUCUCCUUCCUGAUCUCUGUCUCACACUUCAAAAUGCCCUUGACUUGGCUCGCCGAGAGACCUGGACAAGUCUCCUAAAUCUUUCCUCCCAUCUUCUCCACACAUGGGCAGUAAAUUCUAUCAUUGACAACAGUACUGUAGACGUACAUCUGCCUCCUGAAGUCAUCUCCCUUCUCCAACAUGUUGGAAAUCUUCGCGAUGUACUGGUAGAUGGUGCCGAGAGCGUUGUAAAUUCCACUGGUGUCAAUAUCAAUGUCCUAAUUGACGAACUAGACCGUGUUGUUCUCUCCUCCAUGGAGUCAUGGGGAAUAGAACCUGUUAUCCGUGAAGCAUUACCCUUGGAACCCCUAGUUGUUGAGCUGGAAUCUGGAAGUGUUGAACUUCGUCGUUCCUGGAUGCUUCCUCUCAUAAUCCGGGCUCAUCCUAUCAACCCAUGCUCUCUUGCUUUCUUUCACUCGGCUAUCAUCCCCCUGGCUGAUAGAUCAUUAGUUGUUGCCAAGGCAGCGGCAGCUCAAACAUUCCAGAGAAAGGUCGGGUCGGGGACGAAAUUUGUUCCUCUUUCAGCUAUCCUUAAUGCUGCUGUUCAGUUGUCAAGGCAGCUGUGGACUAUCCUAACCCCAUUCACUAGAAAUCCUCCAUCGCGCUGGUCAGAUCUGAAGGAUAGUGGUAUUGGUGGUCGAAUGUUUGCUGCUCUUAUAACCUCAAAAGCUAUUCGACCCGUUAUUCUCUCGGCGUUGAGACGUCUCGUUUUCUUUGCAGAGAGUGAAGAAGCGAUUGAUGUUAUGCGAGGUGGUGCGAAGCAACUUUUGCCGGUUAUUUUCCCAAUGUUUGAGGAGCUGGGUACGAACAAGGAUCAGAGCCUAAAGCAGCAAUUAGAAGCUACUUUGAAUGUGUUCUUGCCUCUUCUCACCCCAAAAAUGCUUACAGGUCCUUGUCAAACGGCCUACACUAAACUUGUCACUACAAAGAAUCCAAUCUAUAUGGAAAUUCUCAUGACUAUUGUACCAAAUCUAACUAGCGAUGACAUCAAAACUAUGCUCGGAAAACUUGAGGAGUAUUUUACGCCUAACGAUCCAGAGUCACGAGCACUGCGAAAGCCAGCCUAUCGACUUCUCGAGGCCAUUCUUUCAUCGCCAAAUCAACAUGCCAAGAAUUUCGCCGUCUCGAAUUUGGAAAACCUGAUACAAUUUAUGGCUCGCAUUGCUCCUCCUAUUACUGUUCCCAACGCAGUCGCAGUGGAAACGCCGGUUGAAACAGACAGCGAUCCUCUCAGUACCACAAUGGCUGCUCUAGAGCUCUCAGCGAAAGAGCGUAAAGCCUAUGUUGUUACAAUGCCCUGGAAGGUUCGUCUAAGGAUUCUCCGUCAUCUCUUGAAGUUGCUUGUUCAGCAGAAACAGGAGACUGAUGUAGAAAAUGGUACAGGAGGGCAGCCGGGUGAAACGAGUCCUGCUGUGGAGGAGUUUAUCAGCAUAUUCUUACCUGAGAUACCACAGUGCUUGGGUAGUUUGAACAGUGUAGUUCGAGUCAUCGCCGGUAGACUCUUGGUGGAAAUGGUUAUGGCAUCAACUGGAGGCGUUCCUCCAGAAAGGGGAGACCUUCCAGUUGGUCGUUCUCGUGUCUCUCACACCGCUGCCUCUGAAGUCUCUGACAUGGACGACGAUGACGAUGAAGAAGGUGGAAAUGAAGAUGAACGGUCAUUCGUAGAGGAAGUCAAAGAUCUUAGAGAUAUCGACGACGAUGAUGAUAUUGAUGACAAUAUGAGUGAUUCAGGUGUUUCUCGAGUUCCUACAGAGAUCGCUUCGGUUCGCACAGCUAUUUCUACCACCGGAAUGGAUCCAGCUGUAGCGGAAAAGACGUGCUCCGGUCUGCACAGAAUUCUUGCUUUCCUCUGGCCGGUUGUUCUCAACGUGACUCCCCAGAGUAUUUCCACCUCCAGCAAAUCCGAGCUUCUUCGAAUUGAGGUAACAACCAAGUGUGUCUGCCGACUUAUCUCUGACCUGCAUCUGCGACGAUGUCUCAUGACCUCCCUCCAGAGUGGUAGAGAGGGCGAAAGUCCAGCCGCAGACAUUAUUGCCACUGCGAAGACGGCCUCACUGAGCCUCGUCAAACUCCCAAACAAACAGAUUGCCCGUCUUGGGCUACAAAUUUCUCGCUUGUUGAUUGCCUUCGUGGGAUACUCGGUGUUUGUCGCCGAUAUUGUAGUGGCUAUUCAGAGUGUUCAUUCGACGCAUAAACACUCGUUGAGAUUCAUGGUGAAGAAGAUGGUCGAGAAGUUGCUCAAAAAGGGCAGUCUGCAAGCCUUGCUGACUUUGAUGAACUCAAGUUAUCACAAAAUGAUUCGCAAUAGCGCAAAAAUCCUUCGUCGUGCAGAGAAGAAAAACAGCGGAGAUGACAAAACACUUCCAGGUGAUCAGGCUGAUGAGGAUGAUGACGAUGAUGAAUUGGCGAGUGUGGCCACCUCUAGACGCGCUGCCUCUGUGUCUGGGGCAUCUCAUUUAUCUGCUGGUAGUGCUCUCUCCUUAUCCAAGCGCAUUCAUACAGCCAACCUCACAGAAAUCCUGGCGCCAUCCAGUGACGAGGAAGAAGAAAUCCGCCAUGCCGAAGAGCGGAAAAAGGCUCUAGAGGCCAAGACAAAGAAGGUGGAACCCGAACGCCGUAGACGCCAAGGCCUGGCGGCCGAAUUAGAACGAGCUGCCUCGGUGUCGGGGCUCAGCAGACGUUCCAAGCGUAGUCUUCUUCGAAGAGGAUUGGAAGGCGAUGAGAGCUCUGAUGGGGAUGAUGAAGACUUUGAUGAUGGAAGUGAGUUAAUUCAUCUUCAACUUUUUAUGAAGCUUAUAGUGGUGAUGUUCUUAUAUAAUCUACUACAGUUACUAUAA